AUGUCUUUUAAUUUUCUUCUAAAUACGAAUAGAGUAAAUUCAGUCAUCAAAGAAUUCGUUCGUAACGCCAGCAAGAAGACUGGUGGUAGUACACAGAAUACUAAUUGUAAAGUAAAGCCUAAACGUAGAGGGUGGAAGGUGCAAGACGGACAUUAUGUACAGGCUGGUCAUAUGCUAGCUACCCAGAGGACUCCUAGAUUUCAUCCUGGACUAAAUGUUGGUUUUGGCCGGAAUGGUACAUUAUUUGCUAUAGAGGCAGGCAGAGUAGUUGUAACAUGUGAAAAAUUUGACCCUAAUUGGGAACACACCUGGGUACAGAGAAUCUACGGAGGCAGAGAGCAGCAGACCAUAAUGAAGAAAUAUUUUAAUGUGAUACCAAAAGAACAACACCACAGGUUCAAACUUGUUGAUGAAGUGUAA